GUACGUUUAGCGCUAACAUGCGGUAAGGGAGCUACGUUGAUCGGUGUUGCCAAGCUUGCUAGCUUGCUGUUAGUGGGGUCUGGGAUCUGGAGAUGCUUUCGUGUUAACUUUUUGGACUUCUCCAUUAAUUCCAUGUUGUUUUUCACAUCGUAAUUCCCGAUUCGAUUCCAUGCCAUAUCCAUGAAUAUCCCUUCUCCUUCUCUACCUGUAUAAAGAUGCGCCAACCUCAGGCUUUGGUGCUUUUGGGCAUCCUAAGUCGUCAUGGGAUAUCCGCAGCUGGUUCUCUACCUCGAGGCGUCGGUCCUGAAUUCGUCAAAUUCUACGAGAUCAAGGACACUUUCACCUGUAUAGGUCACCCUUCUAUAACUAUCCCCGCGUCCCGGGUCAACGACAACACGUGCGACUGCCCUGACGGCACCGACGAGCCUGGCACUGCCGCUUGUGCUCUUCUAGACCGCCUAUCUCCGGAGCAGCCCCUGCCGGGUUCCCUUUCCGGCACUACGAACACCGCAAAUGCUCUUCCGGGCUUUUGGUGCGCCAACGAGGGUCACGUCGGCUCCUACGUGCCUUUCAUGUACGUGAACGACGGCGUCUGCGACUACGACCUUUGCUGCGACGGCAGCGAGGAGUACGGGGGCGUGGGGGGCGUCAAGUGCGAGAAUAGGUGUGCCGAGAUCGGCAAGGAAUGGAGGCGGGUGGAGCAGGAGCGGAAAGACAACCUCGAGCGGGCGAACAAGCGCCGGAGGACCAUGGCGAAGGAGUCUAAGGAACUUCGUCGCCGUGUCGAGGCUAAGAUUACCAGCCUCGCUGACGAGAUCAAGGAGCUCGAAGUCAAGAGAGACGAGUUGAAGGCGAAGCUCGACGAAGUCGAACGCCAAGAACGGUUCAAGGUAGUCAAGAGCGAGGGGCCCGGCAAGCUUGGCGUGCUCGCCGGGCUGGCCAAGGCGAGGGUCGACGAGCUGCGUAAUGCCCUGAGCAAGGUCGUGGACGAGCGUCGUCGGCUGAGAAGCAGGGUCGAAGAGCUGGAAGGCAUUUUGGCGGCGUUCAAGGAAGAAUAUAAUCCCAACUUCAACGACGAGGGUGUCAAGAAGGCUGUUAGAGGUUGGGAAGACUACGCUGCUAAGAAGGCGGGGGAAGCCGAGGAACAGCUCAGCGAGGCGGAUAUUCUUGACGUCGCGAAGGAGGACAGCGAGGAGUCCGGCAUCAAUUGGAAGGAGUUCGAAGAAGAUGAGCCUUCCGACACGGAUAUUCUGUACAGUUUCGAGGCGUAUCUCCCCGGGCCCCUCCGCGAGUUCCUGCACUCCAAGAUCAACCUUCUCCGAAUCUGGCUGAUCGAGAAUGGCGUCUUGGCCGACUCCGGCUCUGAGAAGAGCGAGUCGCGUCUCGUCAGGGCCGCGCGGGAAGCUCACGACUCCGUCGCCGACGAGGUUAAUUCCAAGAGGCGGACCCUCGAGGAGCAGCAGCGCGAUUUGGAGAAGGAGUACGGCAAGGACGACAUCUUCCGAUAUCUCAAAGGAAAGUGUGUCACGACCGAAGCCGGCGAGUACGAGUACGAGCUGUGCUGGUUGGAUAAGACGAGCCAGAAGAGCAAAAAAGGCGGAGGCAAGACCAAUAUGGGCAACUUCGACCGCUUCGACUUCGACGAGGCGGACGAGGAGGAGCGCCACGACGGCAAGGGGCUCGGGCGAGGGAAGCGUAUGGUGCUGAGGUACGAGAAUGGGCAGGGCUGCUGGAACGGCCCGAACCGGAAGACGGAUGUCUGGCUUGCCUGCGCCGAGACGGAGGAGCUGUGGCGUGUUAGCGAACUGGAGAAGUGCGUCUACAAGAUGGAGGUCGGCACGCCCGCGGUCUGCGAGGAAGUCGUCGAGCCCGGACACGUCAAGGAUGAGUUGUAACGAUGGCGUUGGUAGAGGGGCUAGCAAUCUAGACGUAGAAUCACGCUGUUUAUGACAUAUGGUAUGACAACUUUCCCGGAAAUUCUAUCUUAUCCUUCCCUGCCUGGUCAUUGACCUUCCUAAUUGUCGAAAGGGGUGCUUCGGAACAUGAGGGAACUGUGUUAGGGGGUACGAGAGUACGUUGGCCUGAUCCUGAAGAGCAAUA